GGUUGCGCAAGUGUAGUAGGGGUUGGCUUCACUUAAAAAAAAGCUGCUCUUGUUGAAAGUUGGUGGUACUGGCACCGUAUGGAGGAGGCAGGCGGCAGCGGCGGCGGCGGCGGCUGCUCCAGCUCCAGGCUUUGAUUUGCAACACUUGUGUGUGUAUGUGAGAGAGGAGAGCUCGCUGGACGCUCGACGAUGAACGUGGAGGUGGCUGUUCUGCUCUUCCUGGCCCUUUGGGUUUGUGUUUGGACGGAAGAUCCUGGGAAAGUAGUUGCUGACCGCUACGCCGUGUACUGGAAUAGCACCAAUCCCAGGUUUCACAGAGGUGACUACACAGUGGACGUCUGCAUCAAUGACUAUCUCGACAUCUACUGCCCCCACUAUGACGACUCGGUGCCCGAGGAAAAGACAGAGAGCUACAUUCUUUACAUGGUGAACUUCGACGGCUACAGGAGCUGCGACCACAAGGACAAUGGCUUCAAACGCUGGGAGUGCAACAGGCCACGCACGCCAAACGGUCCCCUGAAGUUCUCCGAGAAGUUCCAGCUCUUCACACCGUUUUCCCUAGGCUUUGAGUUUCGACCCGGAAACGAGUAUUAUUAUAUAUCAUCUCCUCAUCCUAACAUUAUUGGGAAACCCUGCUUAAAGCUAAAAGUAUAUGUCCGACCAACAAACAGUUGUAUGGAAGCAGUAGGCUUGAAUGAAGGUGAUUUCGAUGUAAACAACAGUUCAGUUGAAGCUUCAGAUGAUUCGAUAUACGAGUCGCCCGAGCCCUAUCACAAUAACGACGGGAUCACCACUUUUAGGAUCUCUUGGUUCGUCCUGGCAGUGACCAUCAUCCUGUUAUUCCUCACGUCAUAGCACCCAGAGUGGGGGUGGGUGGGUGGGUGGGGGCGAGAGAGAAAAAAAAAAACGAAGACAAAAAUAAAUUAUUUCUACUCGAGGGAACCGCAACCAAAAAAUGGAGGUGGCAAGGGAUUGACGUGGGUCGCGCUGAAGGGACCCCGUUUUCUGACACACUUUGCCAGUAAGACAAAUAAUUGGAGGAGACCUGCUUUGUGAGACUGGGAAUUCUCAUCAUCCUGUCAAGCACUGCCUUGGGCCCACUGCGGUUCGACGUAAAGGACGUAGAAAUUGCAAACAAGCAUCUCCACAGAGGUCUCCGGAAGCAAACGUACUCAAAUGGAAUCUAUAUUGGUGCAAAUGUUUAUUCCACCGGUAGGUCAAAACUCACGACGGAAGAAGCAACUGGGAGUGUUCAGUCCUUCAACGUUCCUUUGACACCGUGCUCCGUGACGGCGCCCACUAAUCUAGUCGCUUGUUGUUGUGUUUUGUUUCUUUUUGUUUCAAGUUUUUUAUUUUUUUAUUUCGCCCUUGAAUUGUCAAGAGGGUUCUGUUCGUUCAGUCUAAGUGAUGGUCUCGGGGAGGUGCGGGUCUCGCUAUCUGUGGGAGAGGAGACUGGAGGGUCGGGCGUUGGAAACGAAACUGCCGCCAAACAGCGACCUGGACCUUUCCUCCUUGCUUGCGCGGGGAAGAUCGCACCUCCGAGCUUCCAGGCUAACCCUGUUGAGGCUGCGUGUGGCCGGAGUUAGGAGAUCGUGGCUGGAACCUGAAGAUAACGUCUCUCCGCCUCGUACCGCCCGGGUCAGUUUUGAAAUGGUGGUCGAGAGGAAACACCGGGCAAUGACCCGUUAAGAUGGCUUCUAAUUCUGGUUGGACCCAUUCCUCGACGUUUCAGCACACAUCCACCAUCACCCACCACAGUCGGCGACUGUCCUCAACUCCCAUACACACAGCUGAUAAUUGCCCCUGGUACAUGUGACAAUAAACUGACCUUGAAACAUCGUUACAAUCGAGAGGCAUCGAUUUGUUUUCAGCACCACUCGGAAAUUUUCUAUCCGUGAGGCUUAUUAUAGCAUUCAUUGGAUCAGUCUUUCAUCCCAUUAAACAGUGGGGUGAUUUGUUGACCUCUUUCCACAGAGAAUCAUUCGGAAGCGACACGAGCCAGAAUACUAAUGCAACGCCUACAGGGCCUUGUAGAGUGACGGACUCCUUUAAAAGGCACAAGUUUUACGUUGGUAAAAGUCACCUAUGAGGAGGCUCAAGCGAAAGCAUAAUCUGGAUGUAAGAUAUCUACAUGUGCAUUGUAAAAUUCGUACCACUUGUAACAUUACAGUAAGUGAUUUCCUUAACGUCAAAGAUGAUUGAGUUCUCAGAAGAUGGAAAGGUUUAGUUGGCUGAGCGAAUUGUGACCUCUUUGGAGAGGAAAAUCGGCGGGUUUCUUUUGGGAUUGUACAAGUUAAAAUUGUUGUAAAUCCUUUCCUUAGCCUUCUAUUUCCCCAUUACUGUAGUAUUUCUAAAUACCAUUGAAUGAUUCACUGCGUUUCUGGUGCAACAGUGUUGGCAGUCACAUUGUGGGACUAGCAUUCAUUCAUACCCUUGGGGCUGUGAAAUAGAGGCUGGAGUUCAAAUGCAAGUUGGAAAGUUUAAAUUUGAGUAAUUCAGUAAAACUGGAAUUGAAACUCUAGUGCUAAGUAAAGAAGAUUGCCAGAAACAAAAUUCCGCAGACGCUGAUAAUCUGAAAUUGGAAACUGGGAAUACUCUGCAGGUCAGUCAGCAUGUGUAAUGGGAGAAACAACAUUGCGUUUUGGAUCUGAUAACCGUUCACGGAUUAUGAUCCAUGGUGAUUAUGAGGUUGUUAAAAAGACAUCGGCUUUAGAUAUAUAAUAGAGUGCAGGGUAGAGUUGCUGCCUUACGGCGCCAGAGACCCGGGUUCGAUCCUGGCUACGGGUGCUG